AUGACUUACAAAGAACAUUUUACAAAUGUACUUGAUUUAAUGGAAAGAUAUGACAAUCUUAUAAACUGUCAUUUAGUCGAUUUUCUAACCGAAAAUCUAUGGAACAAGUUUAUAUCUUUACCAAUGAAAUUAGAAUUUGAAAAAAUUGCAGCAGAGGAUCCAAAAACUGAUUGGUGGGUUACUGAAUUGAGUUCAGAAUUGAACAAUUUCAAAAAUAUAACUCAAUCCUUAAACUUGAACAACUGUCCUGAAGUAAUAAAUUAUCGAGAUUUAACAUCAUUGCUAUCAAAAAGUGUAAAUUCCAAAAAUAUUUCCUCAAAACAUGAAUCUUUUUUCAUGAAGAACAAAAAGUGGCAUGAAAUUGAUAUGUUCUCAAAAACGAUUGCCCACUUUAUGAAGACCGAUUUUGAUUUAAUCAUAGACGCCGGAUCUGGCAAAGCAUAUUUAUCACAGUAUUUAUCUGAAAUCUAUGGUAUUCCUUCAUUGGCAAUUGAAUCAUCAACAUCACAUUAUAACAGUGCAUUGCAGCGAAAGAAUUUAAUACAUCAGAAAUAUGGUUUAUCUUUUCCUAAAGUUUGUUAUAUAAAUGAAAUUAUUAAUGAAGUGACAGAUUAUUCAAGUUUGAUUGACGACCAUUUUCUUGAUGGAAAUGAUAGAAACAAUGCGAUCUUGGUUGGCUUGCAUACUUGUGGAAAUUUAACUCAUUCUAUUUGUAAAUCGUUUAUUUAUUCAAAAGAUACAAAAUGCCUGUGUAUUGUUCCAUGUUGUUAUCAUUUAAUUACAAAUUCAUUUACGAAGAAACCAAAUUUUUCCAGAAAUGCAAGGAUGCUUGCUCAACAAUCAUUGGAAAGAAUAAACAGUAAAACUGAACCGAUGUCUCAAAAGUUAUUUUAUCGAACAAUUUUGCAAGUUCUUCUUCGUUCUUUAGGAAUCAAUGAUAUCAAAGUUGGCCGUGGUGGUCCUUCAAGUGAUUUUCCCAAUUAUGCAAAGUGGGCUUUAAUUAAAGUCGGCGUACCUAUAGAAAAGAUACCAUCAAGAGAAUGCUUGGAACAAAUGUAUUGUACUUAUGUUGCUGAUCAAUGGAAAUUUGAAAUUUUCAACAUGUUAAGAAUGUAUUUAGCUCCCGUUGUAGAAGCAGCGAUUAUUUUGGAUAUGGCAACAUUUUUAAACCAAAGUAGCGGUUUUUUGAAACCAAAAAUUAUUCAGCUGUUUGAUCCUGCAGUAUCACCUAGAAAUUAUGCCAUUAUAGCAACAAAAUGAAUAAAUUAAAAGUGUUUUAAAGAUUUUCCCUUUUAAAAUUUUGUAAUUUUUUCAAAAUAAAAGCAUAAAAUUCAUAAA